AUGUCCUUCUUUCAUAUCGUCUCUGUGGGGUUUGUGGUAGCCAUAAUCGCCGCCGCUGCGUGGUUCCUCACUCCCAAGGGUAAAGAUCAAGUAUUGAUACGAUCCAGUGUGGCAUUAGCGUUGACUUGUUGUUAUCUCAUGUGGGCAAUAACGUACUUAGCUCAAUUGCAUCCUCUGAUAGCUCCUCGACGGGCAGACUUACGGUUCGAAGAUUAA